UCCGAUGGCUCAGUGAGGCCUCCAUUGACAGCAAGAUAAUUAACACUUUCAGAUGCCCAGAAAGCUACUAAAGAUGUAUUUAAAACAUUUCAUGUGACUACAGUGGUUCAAGCUUAAUGUUAUGAAGUGACUAGAAUAGAUUUUUGUGUGCCAAAAAACAAAAUAAAGACUUUAUUCAACAAUAUCUAGUGAUGGGCGAUUUCAAAACACUGCUUCAUGAAGCUUCAAAUCUUUACGAAUCUUUUGUUUCGAAUCAGUGGUUCAGAGUGUGUAUCAUACUGCCAAAGUCACGUGAUUUCAGUAGACGAGGCUUCGUUACGUCAUAAGUGUUUCGAAACGUUUCAAAAUUUCAAUGGUUCACGUGACUGACAGUUUGAUUCAUAAAGUUUCGAAGCUUCACGAAGCAGUGUUUUGAAAUUGCCCAUCACUAGAUAUUAUUGAAUAAAGUCAUUUUUUUUUUUUUUUGGUGCACAAAAAGUAUUCUCGUCGCUUCAUAACAUGUAUUCACAUGAACUGUUUUAAAUUUGUCUUUUGCACCUUUCUGGGCAUUGAAAGUGUUAAUUAUCUUGCUGUCAAUGGAGGCCUCACUGUACCAUCGGAUUUUAUCAAAAAUAUCUUAAUUUGUGUUCUGAAGAUGAACGAUGGUCUUACGGGUGUGGAACGACAUGAGGGUGAGUAAUAAAUGACGGAAUUUUCAUUUUUGGGUGAACUAACCCUUUAACUUUAGAACGCAACAGUCGGGUUCUGGAAGUAAAAAUCCCAUUUAUUUUCUUCACAGUAUAAUUCAUAUGAUUGUAGUUCUUUUCACCGUUAAAGCCAUUAUGUAAGUCCUUUUGUCUGAUUUUCUAACACGUUUUGCUUCAAAUCAAAGUUUGUAAUGUGAUUCAUGGAUUGGUUUAUGGCAUAUAACUCUUCAAAAAUACUUUUGUAAUCACGGCUGCUAAUAAAGUGUUGCACUCUAUAACAAUUUUCUCCUUGAUAGAAUCAUUGUCAUUCAGCAACAUUCUGUGACUAAACCUAGUAAGAAAAAGCAGUCACAUUAGAUUUAUCAAAGAAUUUUAUAUUUGAUUUACAAUGUUUUUGAUUGAUGUAAGUGUUAAACUGCUUUUGUUAUGUACAAACAAUGCUCAAUUUGUCCAUUGAAUCAUGAAUGGUAUUUCAGCGUGUGACACACUUAAUAUUCUUCCCACAUUGUAUGUCCCUUGUACAGCCUCAUUUGUAUGAGACUGCAGUCUCCUUUGGUGCUACAAGUGAAGCUAAUUAUCAUCAUUCAGAGCGUUAGUCAGCAUUUGCAUGGUGCGUUUAAAGGAAUCUGAUGAAACUUCUUUUGCUGCAGCUGCUCCCUUAGAGCCAGCAGUAGUGUUUGGUGUGUCCAUGGCAACAGAACUCUAGAAUGUCUCCUGCUUUGACGAUGUCAUGUAGGGAGUCUGUGACCUAAAUCAUAACUGAUAUCUAACCAUUUUGGAGGUUUGCAGAGCGUAUUGUGUUUGAAGUAACGUUAACUAUACAGUAUACAGCAUGCACAAAAUGGAAAACUCUCGUGACAAGUGGAGCCAGCCUGGUUGGAGAAUAGAGCAGAAGUAUGGCAACAAAGUACUUAUUGGUAAUUGGGUGGAAGAGAAAUUACAAUUCGCUCGAGAGUGCAAGACAGCAAACAGCUCCAACAGGCUGGACUACACGCCCCACAUGUUGCACAGGCCCGAUGUUGUCAUGCGGCGAAAGGCUCUUCACAGAUCAGAGGGUUUUCCUAAAAGGAUGUUACUUUCCCAUCAUGACGUCCCCUCCUCCCACUACCUGGUGUCACUCUAUGAUGAGUCGUACGGGCGGCAGGCCUCCUCCUCUCUGCCCACACUGCGCUCCUGGCAUUCUGACAAACUGGCCUGGGUCCCAGAGAGGUCAGAUCAUCCAGUCCAAGGCCCCCCUACUAAGUUUGGCUUGGCGGAGUCUUUGCGGGCUCGCAUGGAACAACAGCGGGCCAUUGUGCCCACACUAAGCGUGUAUAAAGCUUCAUACCCUCUGCACCCCAUCAGCGCCUUCUGUCAUUCUCGCCACGUCAGCAUGCCCAAGCGGAUCUCCAGCAGUCAGCACCCUGCCAACCACAGCAACGAGGACCUGGCACUGAAACACAGACCCUACAGGCAGGUCUCCAGUAAUCCAGUCCACCUGCUUUGACCCUUACCCUUUGUCUCACCACCUUCAGCCCUCCAGUACCACACAGUCUGGACUCAAUCGGGAGAACGGGAGUGUUUUUGAACCAAGACAAAUAAAAGAGAUACAAAGAGAUACUGCAAUGUGGUCCAAAAGUUACAACUAUUUCAAAUACUUUUAGCAUUAAAUGCAUUAGUUUUAUAUUACAUUGUAUUUUCAACAAAACUCAACAUAAAUAUUAACAUGAAUUUCAGAGCGACUUAGUAUUUGGUUUGAUCUAUUUUUAUAUUUUAUUGACAGUAAGACCUGAAGAUCAUGUUCUCCAGUAUGAUUUGAGAUUGAUCCAAAGAGCAUCUCGUGCUUUCGUGGAAGAAAGAACAUCUGAGUUUACAUGGUCUCAAACUUUUGAACCCCACUGAAAUAAUAAUGGUUUAUCAAUAUUUAAGAGCUUCAUAGAUUUUUCCAUCCGACAGACUGUUCUUUCCCUGUUUAGUACACGGUAGUGCGUAUUUGCAGGUCUAUUUUUAUGCACACUAGCACAAUUUAAUGUGCAUGUGUGAGAAAAAACAUCUUUAGCCACUUCAACAAAAAACCCUGCAAAAUCUCUACAUGACAUGCUUUAUUAUCAACAGUUCAUUUGGACCACAGUGCUAGUUUAGAUCGCAGAGUCAUUCAUCGACACACUCUAAGGGGACUUUCCUAACUCCCAUCUCAUUAAGUGUUUAAUUAUGUUGAAUCAAAGUGUUUAAUUACAAGGAAUCGGAUGGUAUAUUUGACGUCCAACCAUCUGUGUUCACACUUCUCCUGCUGUGUAGGUUUUAUCCCACUGUGUUCUUCUGCUAGCCUUUGGAACAUUCCAACUAUGUGUCUUUUUGUGUUGCAUAUUAGUGCUGUUGAGAUUCCAUCAGACCUUGAUAUCUCCCCCACAUGAUGGUGCUAGAGUUACACAUAGAUAGCAACGAUACAUCACGGGGAAUUGCAUCACAGCACACUCCCCUCUGCACGCCUGCCUUCUUUGAUCACAUAUGCAUACUCGAUUGUCACGGUGAUUGUAUUGUAUACUUUCAUU